CACUAUAAAAGUAGGAAAUGCUUUCACUUGCACCAGGCAAGCGGUGCGGCGAGGCGUGGCUUAAACCCUAGUUGCUCUCUUCAUUGUUCUUGCCCCUUCUCCUUAAACCCUAAUUCCAAACCCUUAUCAGAGGAACUAAAAUAGUUCAGAAUCAACAUGGCAUUUUGCAAUAGAUUUGGGAACCUCUUGAGACAGAGUAUUUCUCAGAACAGUGCAUCAAAGGGGCAGGGAUCCAUGGGAGCAUUGCUUAAUUCUAUUCGUUGCAUGUCAUCUGCAAAGCUCUUUAUUGGAGGUCUUUCAUAUGGAACGGAUGAUCAGUCUUUAAAGGAUGCAUUUUCAAGCUUUGGUGAUGUGGUUGAAGCAAGGGUUAUUACUGAUAGAGACACUGGGAGGUCUAGGGGAUUUGGGUUUGUGAACUUCACCAGCGACGAUUCUGCCAGUUCUGCACUGUCUGCUAUGGAUGGCCAGGAGCUAAAUGGUCGGAAUAUUCGUGUUAGUUAUGCUAAUGAAAGAACUCCAGGCCCUCGCAGUGGUGGUUCUGGAGGCGGUUUUGGUGGUGGUUAUCGUGGGAAUGGAGGUUAUGGUGGUGGAGCUGGAGGGAAUGAUGGGUUCUAAGCAAAUAUUAUGCAGUUCUGUCCAUGGGAGUGUGGCUAUGGCUAGUUUUUAGUUGUUUAGGUUUGAGUUUGCUUGAUUUGUUUCCUAUCUCUUAAAUGAAAAUUUCAAACUGCUUAGGGAAUUGAACACAUAUCUUUAGUACAUCUUUGAUAAUCACAAAUUUUGUCAUAAGAGCUGAACUAUUGGGAUAUGUAUGUUUGACAAUGAAUACAUUGUCUUAAGUCUGCCAAACAAAGUCUUU